AUGGGGUAUGGUUGUGGUGGUUUCGCUGUAAGUUAUUCACUUGCAAAAGUUCUAGCCAAGGUUUUGGAUUCAUGUCUGCACCGGUAUCCUCAUCUUUAUGGAAGUGAUGCUAGGAUUUAUUCUUGCUUAGCGGAGCUCGGAGUUGCUUUGACUCAUGAAGUUAGAUUUCAUCAGAUUGAUCUUUGGGGCGAUUUAUUUGGUUUAUUGGUCUCACAUCCGCUAGCGCCUUUGGUAUAUCUUCAUCACUUGGACAAUACAGACCCAAUAUUUUCUAAGAAGACAAGACAUCAAGCAAUGGAACAUCUACUGAAAGCUGCAACAUUUGAUCCCAAUAGAAUUGUGCAAAAAAGUAUAUGCUAUGACAAAAAGUUUUCACGAAUAAUAUCUAUCUCUUGGGGUCAUGCUGUCCAGGUUUUUGAAAGUAAUGUUCUCGUUCGGGAGCUUCUCCAAGUUCGAAAAACGUUCAAGCUAUGGAAGAAAAGAGAAAUUCCGUAUUCAAAUUUGUACAUGUUUAAUACUCGAGAAGUGGAUAGUGAUCCUUGCAAAAUACCAUGUAAGAGUUGUACUGGUAUUGAUUGA